AUGCGAGCUUUCCAGCCUGCUCUGAGGCGGCAGCUGCUGCGACCAAAGUUCAACCCCGGACCUGCCUCGACUGUUCUACAGCCCGUUCGCAGACAGCAGCACAACAGCUAUGGCCAGCACAAGGAAUACUUUCAGACGCCUGGUCAGGCUCCAUUGCCAGAUACAACACCAUACCGAGCUGGCGAGCAGAUCCAAACGGUGUACACCAACACAGAACCCGGUACUUGGUCUCGGAUAGCCAGAAGUCUGAGCUAUUUCUCUCUCUUCAGCACUCUCGGUGCCGUCGCCGGCAUGGCUCUGAUCACAUGGCAAUAUAUGCAGCCGCCGUACCCUCCUGGCUCGCCGGAGGAGCAAGAAAUGCUGGAAGAGAUUGAUGAUCUGGUGAACCACAACCGCAUCGCCGAAGACCUGCGCGAACAGGGCUGGAUCGAGGAAGACUUCUACAUGCGCCGCUCUCGUUCCGAGUUUGGGUAUGGCAUGAACAUGAUACACGAGAAUCUACGCGGGUCUUCUCAGACCUUGAACAUUAAAUGCUUCAAGAAUCCAAACACCAAGUACACCUUCAUCAUCUUCUUUGCUGGGUUUGGAAUGGAUGGCUUUCCAGACGUCAUGCACGGAGGCAUUACCGCGACCAUGAUGCUCGAAGCAGCAGCUAAGCAUGCCUCCAACUUCCAUCCUGACCUCAAUCUGAAAUCGAACGAGCCCGCAAUCAAGAUCGACUAUAAGAAACCUGUGCAUCCUGGCGAGAUCUAUACGAUCAUGCUGCCCCCAGCUGUUGUAGAGCCCUUCCCUGACGAUCACUCCAAAAGGCUACUGAGGGUCACAGCCUUCCUGCUGCGGCUCGAAAACGCACCGAAGAUCGAGUCGCGUUACAAUCCUGCUAAGGGAGUCACGGAGCACAUUGUGGAGGUGACCUCAACGGCUGGCACGGACCCAAAUCUCGCCUUUGCCAGUAUUGUCACCGAGAUUGACGACAGCAACCCCGAGGAACCUUCGACCGGUCCAGACUGA